UGAUUAACGUAACAUUACCCGAUGAAAAAGCGAACUAUCUUCACCGAAUUGGUCGUGUAGGUCGUGCAGAAAGGAUGGGUUUGGCGAUCUCCUUAGUUUCAGUACAUCCCGAAAAAGUGUGGUAUCAUAAAUGUCCCUCACGUGGUGUAAAUUGUUCCAAUACGGCUUUAGUGACACAACGAGGUUGUGCAAUUUGGUACGAUGAGCCAAAGCUUUUGGAAGAUAUUGAAGAGCAUUUGGGUGUAACAGUUCCGCAGAUCGAUACCGAUUUUAUCGUGCCAGUUGAUGAAUUCGAUGGUAAAGUUGUUUACGGAGCAAAACGAACUAAUACGGGCUCUCUUUACGAAGGACAUGCAGUACAGCUAUCCGGAACAGUUGCACAACUUGCAGAUUUGGAACGUUCAUUACAGCUGUCAUACUUGCGAAUGUUUGUUGCUUCAGAAAAAAGCAAGUAA